UCUAAGCCUUGAGAAAAUUCGAAAAAGUAGGUGUUUCAAUUGGUUUUUGAGCUACCGGUGGAGGUGUCAGUUGCGAGUUAGAGUUUUGAAGUAUUCGACUAUUUCUACUAGAUCUCAGAUACCAAUCCCUCCAGAAAUUGUACCCAAAAUACAAAAAACUUUUGAAAAGUAAUGAAAUACCUAAAAAAAAUUGUAAAAGUACGUGUUUUACCUGGUUUUAGAUUUUCACCAGCCGGUGGAGGUGAUAGUUGUAAGUUUGAGUACUGAUGUAUUCGACUAUUAUUUCUACUGGAUCUCAGAUACCCAUCGAUCCAUAAAAUGUACCCAAAAUGUAAAAAAAACUUUUGAAAAGAAGUGAAAUAUCCAAAAUAUCGAAAAAAUUCGAAAACGUUACUGUUUUAACUGAUUUUUAAUUGGAGGAGUCUUCCCAAAAAUGUCCCAAUAAAAAAAUAUAUAGGGGGUGGAACUGAAGUUAAAUUCACCCUGUAUGUAUUGUACAUAAGUACUAUACAAUAUGGAUACUGCAUUACUGACGACCAAAUACGCACGCCCCAGUGAACUACUACUGCUUUUUUACUACAGGAUACCACGACUAUAAGCAGUCAGUCGGUCCGGUUCUGCGUCUUGGAAGACAAAGUACGUGUGGGCCGGCACGGCAGACCGAUAAAAAGUUCCAGCCUCGGGAUCAGUCCGGGCGUAAAUUCUCUGCAAAAUCGCGUUGGUCGUAAGGCACGUGCCAACCGUAUGUGCUUAGUAUGAUUAUUAAAGAAAAAAAAGCCACACAGAAACAGCUGGAUGGCACAUCACUCGUGCGAGACGACAAAUGUCAAAAGCCUGUUGUGGAAGGUCGGCGCUCCUCCACAUUUUACAGAUAUAUUGAAGAAAGAUUUGCCUGUUGGACACUGACUAGCAUCUUGAUGCUAUGCGAGAGAGAGGUGGUUGUCAUCUGGAACCGACCACAAUGAGAGUGCAGUGAUGCAAGGCAAAGGAGCCAGGCCGAGUAAAGGGAGCGCUCAGCAAACAAAUCCGUGGGUUAAAGGCAUAAAAGAUCACUUGAAAGCUUCUUCUCAAACAUACGAAGAGUAUUUUAGGGAAAUAAUGAAGAAAAAAGAAAUUUUCAUGAAUGAUUGCAAGACCGGAAGAACAAAUUUUCUGAAUUGGUUAGCUGACACUUUACGAGGGGUCGGCCUUUACUCCGAACAGGUCAAGAUGCCUGGGAAUCCUUUAUCUCUCUACGGCCCAGAAGAUUGUCCAAAUGCUCUACUUGCAUGGAACACUAAGCAAGUACCGAAAAAAUGGACGCUGUGUGUUAUAGGAAAUUUCGACAUAGCAGAACCCCAAUUGAAGGAAGCCUCUCUUCUGAUGGACGGAAGAUACAUUCCGCCUCGUUACAAACCAGAAAAUUGGGGCAUUCUCGCAGCAUGGCUGUCGGCACUGAGAACGAUCUCGAGUGUUGGACUACAGUGGCCGAUUAAUUUUAAAUUAGUUUGGACUGCCAAUCAAGCAGACGACUCGGUCGCGUUAAUAAAAUUCGUCAAAGAGCAAAAGCACGACUUUUUCCUUGACGUCGAUUUCUUCUGUACGUGUACAACUUUAAGCAAAACCAGUUUACCAGCCGGGAUCGUGUACGGUUGUCGUGGCGCUUGCCAUUUCGUAAUUGAAGUAUCUGAAGGAAGAUCGAACUAUUGCACCUGUGAGACAGGACCCGCUAGGCAGGCUUAUUGUGAUAUGAUGAUGAUGUUGGACGAUCUUCAGAAAGAUUGCGUCUACACGUACUUGAAUGUCGUCGAGCCUUUUAGGCUUCCACAACGGUUCAAAAAGAUAAUGGAGAAGGUGUACAUUCGUGAUUUAACACCAGAAUUGGGUUAUUGGUACAGGUCUUCAAUUCUGAAACAAAAAGUAUAUAAUUUUCCAGAAAUGUGGAAACCAGAAGUUAAACUACAAAGUAUUAAUGAAUAUCCGAAACAUGGUCAUUUGUUUACUCCGGGUACAGUUGUUGCACGGUUUUCUGUCAAGUACAUGUCUGAGACGGCACCUUCGAGAGUAGAAGAAAUGGUGUCCAGAUUGCUGAGAAAGAAGUGGGAUAGGUUGGGCAGCAACUUAUCCUGCAAACUGAGUAUGGACUAUUGGUCCAGACCGUGGGUGAUGGACUGUGACAACCAAUUAUUAAAAUAUGCCAAAAGGGCGGUUUGUAAGUCAUUUCACACGCUAGCAGUGGAAUCCUUCGAUUUCACGCCAAAUCCACUUCCGGCCGUUUUAGAAUUGAUCGUCGGAAAAGACACAGUGUACCUCUCUUUGGCGUCGAUGCUCGACAUCGGCAAACCUACCCUGAGAAAAAACUUUAUGAGAAACGUUAAAUCUAUUAUUAUAUUCAUUAAUAUUCUGCAGAAAGCGACCACGCAUAAAGAAUAUACCAAGGUAUAUAACAAAAGAAAAUUACAAACUAAAGAAAUUAGAAGCAUGCUAAAUGACUUGUCGCACGUAAGAGAAAAAACACAACCGUACACACCUGAAGAAACUAAAGAACGCAAUCAGUUUCUCGAUUUGUUGCACGUCUUAUAAUAGGAAACGGAGAUUGGACUGUUUAGUGUUUGUCAAUAAUAAUUAUAAAAACUUUGUGUAAAC